AUGAGCUCCGAAAUGGAGACCUUUUCGGCCCGUCUGGCCAGCUUCGAUGCCGUACUCAAGCCCGAAAAGCGGAGAUCUUCAACGACGAAAGGCUUCGAUGUGAUCGCAUGGCCUCACCAGAGACCGUCGCCCGCCGAGUUGGCACACGCUGGCUUCUACUACAAACCAUAUGAGACGAAUCCGGACAACACCACAUGCUUUCAGUGCAAUCGAGCAUUGGACGGAUGGGAAGAGGACGACAACCCAAUAGACGAGCACCUCAAGCACUCUCCAGACUGUGCUUGGGCGAUCAUGAUGGACAUCCAGCAGGGUAGCUCCAACCCCGCCACGAUCGAAGACCCGAACAGUGAAAGGAUCACCCAAGCACGAAUUGGAACGUUUGGAACGUCGUGGCCACAUGACGGAAAACGAGGUUGGGUUCCUCAAUCAAAUAAGAUGGUCAAGGCAGGGUGGUAUUUCUGCCCCAACGAAGAGAGCGAUGACUUGGCCAGCUGCGCCUAUUGUAAGCUGUCGCUGGAUGGAUGGGAGCCAAAAGAUGACCCAUUUGACGAACACCACCGCCGCUCCCCCGAUUGCUCCUUCUUUGUAUUCGCACAGCCUCCUGGGAAGAAGGGUAAAGGACGGCCCAAGAAAACUCGCACUUCCAAAGCAUCUUCUCGAUUAUCAACUCAAUCCGUGGCCACGGUUGCAUCUGAAGCGCCGGAAGCAUCAGAGAUGGACAUCGAUGAGGCAGUGGACGAGAGCAUGAUGUCGCAAGCAACAGUCAAACCAAAGGGCGCAAAGAGGGGACCCAAGCCCAAAGGAAAGAAAGCCAAGAAGGAGGAUGCCGAUUUGCAAAGCGACAUGGAUCUGGAUACCAACGAGCCGUCACAACCAGAGCCAGCAAAGCCCAAACGUGCUGGACGGCCGAAGAAGCGAGUCAGUGAGGAGAUGGCCAAGGAUGACUUCGACCCUGUUACUCGAGCGGAACCAGGUUCAUCCGUGGAGCCACCUUCCAAGCGCCGUGCUAGGGGAACACGAGGCAGCAGCGUCUCUCAAACCUACAAGCACGAGUCGCAAGACCAUUCGAUGCUUGAUACCGCUUCGGUUGCCGAUAGUCAAGAGGAUGAGCCCAAAAAGACCCGCAAGGGAUCAAAGAAGGGAACGACCAAGAGCAGAAAGGCGUCCGAGGUGUCGGUUACCUCCAAAUCCACAUCCAAGGCCCGCAUGCCACGAGACUCAGAGCUCGAGGCUGAGAUAGAAGCAGGCCUUGAAGUCGAUUACCCCGAGCUCGUUGAACCUGAACCGGAGCCUGAGGCCGAGCCAGAGCUGGAACUUCAACACGAGCCUGAGCCAGAACCAGAGAAGACUCGUGCUUCGAAGAAGACCAAGGCUGGCAAAAAGUCGAAAGCAGGUGGAAAGGCACCCGAGCCGCCUCAAGAGGACCCCGUGGACUAUACGGAUAUCCAAGAGGAACAGCCCGAAGUCCCAACGGAGUCGGCUGUGGUUGAGGUAGCAGACGAAGAAGAAGCUCCGGCUCCAAAGACAAAGUCAAGCAAGAGCUCCAAGAAAAAAGUGACCAAGAAGGCCAAAAAGCAAGAGACCGUACAAGAAGAGGAACAGGAACUUGAAAAAGACAAAGCUGGGGAAUCUGAACGGGAUGAGCCUGAGCAUCAUGAUUCAUUUGUCUCGGUGGAAAUCAUCAAACCUGAGGCCGAGCCUCAGCCAGAGCCCGAGGUGGAGCAGCCGGCCGAGAAGCCUGUGAAGAAGAAGUCAUCCAAGAAGGAAGACAAGCCUAAGAAGUCGAAGAAGACCAAGAAGGUGGAGGCAUCCCCACCUCCGCCUGCACCUCAGCCCAUCGAGGACGAGCUGGGUUUCGCGUCUUCGCCCAGAGAUGAAGAGGACUAUGGCACUCCCGAUGAUUUGCCUGACCAGAUUCAGGUCGCCCCAUCUCCACGAGUACCGUCUCCAGAACCACAGCAGAUCCACGAGAGGACGCCUGUGCCACCAAAAACGGCUAAGCGCUUUAGCGAUAUCCCUCAAGAGGAGCAUCUCGCUCAAUCCCUUGCAGAGUCACAUAGUUCUCGAAGCAACGAGCGAAGGGACUCUCAACGAGGCCGAACAUCCAACGGAGCUGUAUCACCGCUUCCAGUACCGCACCAGAGUACUCCAUCCCUAUCACCACAAUCCUCUGAUGCUGAGAAUCGACCUCCUUCAUCGCUUCCCUCCGCCAAACGACCAAUUGUUGUUGCAUCUCCACCCAAGGAGAAGAUAAUUCGGACUCCACUCGCGGCCAACACCCCAUCGCCUUCCAAACGGAACCUGAACGCUGGAUUCCCAGCGUCUGCGCAUCCCUGGACGCCUGUGGACAUUGAUGAGGUGUUGUUUGGGGAAGCCAGUGACAAGGAAAAUGCAGACCUCGUCGGUCUUCUCAACGGGGCCAAGGCAAGUCUGACCAGUCCGGAGAAGAGGAUGACGGUGGAGGAGUGGAUCAGGUGGAAUGCUAAGAAUGGCGAGGAGCGGUUGAAGCGAGAAUGCGAACGACUUGUCAGUCAGUUCGAGAAGGAAGGUGACCGGGCUAUGCGGCGGCUUGAGACCAUCGAAUGCAUUGACUGA